AUGGAUCCUCUCCCCAAUACACAGAAGGAGCAGCCAGCCAAGUGGCUAGAAAACAGUGUUCAACGAGCGGAGUGCAGUUCGACCGGUGGCAAACCUUGGUGGUAUCAUCUUGCCGAGUCUAGGAUGCCAGAUCUGUGCAAAGAAGCCAAUCGACUCUUGAAGGAACAAUAUCGAUUGGAGGCAGAGUUAGGGGAAAAGACCACUACAGAACAAAAAUGGUCGCGUAUUGGAACCCAACUGCGUGAACAAAAGCCCGCCGUCUUUGAGAGUCUAGACCGUCUAGAGAGACACGUCAAGAUCUGGACUGUCUGCGAUAAGGAUGUCAUCUCCCAGCUCUUUGAGGGAGCCGUUACCGAGACCGAACGCCUUAAUGUCCUUUUGGGCAACAACAGCAACGACCUCACCAGCCCUACCCUGGAUCUACGGCAAUACAACGCGUCCUCUUCUUGUUCUCCGUCUCCUAGUCAAGAGAGCCUCCGACGUACGUCCAAUGGCGAUUGCUACAACACCGACGACAGUGUUGAGUUCCAAGUGGAGAAACGGCCAGGCAAGGCUGGUCUGAAAAAGCGUCGCCAGAAAGCAAACCGGAAGAGACGAGCCGCUGAAGCUGCCGCUGCGGCUGCCGCUGAGGCCAACGAGUCCGUUGCGCCGGUACCUGCCCCCGGCGCAAACGAUGGUUAA